AUGUAUCCGAUGCGGAGAGUGAACGACUCAGUGCUCUGGUUUAUGAAUGAGCUGACAUCCAGGGUAGUCGCGGAGUCAGGUAUCCCCACCGACAUCCACCAUCUUGGGAAAAUCCUGCUGCGGAGUCUCAAGGAUGAUCCGGAUUUCGUGUUGCAAAUUGAUGGUGCGACGGGCGAACAAGAGACCACUGGUUCAGUUCUAGAAAGGUCGGUGCGCUGCGCCAUCGCUCUUAAGAAGCUGGGCCUUCAGCGUGGUGACGCCAUUAUUCUCAUGGCUCCAAACCACCUCGACCUGGCCAUACCGUUCUAUGCGGCCCUUUAUCUAGGGGUCAUGGUGGCUCCCAUUGACAGGACAUUGGGUGUUAAUGAACUCCGAGGCACCUUUGAAGUAAUCAGACCGAAGGCGAUCUUUUGUCAGAGCGACCGAACCCUAGACGUGAAGCUGGCCCUCAAAGAAAUGGACGAGCAAGCCUUCAUAGUCACCUUUGACACUGGCAGUUCUCUGUGUAGCUUCAAACAGUUUUUAGAGACGUAUGGGGAUAAAAGUCCUGUCGAUAAGUUUAAGCCAACAGACUUCGACCCUGAAGACACCAUAGCUAUACUAUUCUCCACCAGCGGGACCACUGGACUACCCAAAAGCGCUGCUGCAACUCAAAAGAAUUUAGCCAUCUCCGGCCCAUGCCCAUGGAGCCGAUACACCAAAUUCCCAAAGCCCACGAAGAUGGUGCUCAACGUAUCGCCGCUGCAGUGGGCGACGGCGAUAAUGAUGUUUCUAGUGACUCCGAUAGUGCGAAUCACGAGGCUGCAGACGUCGCAGGCUGUAACGCCGCAGCACACGUGUCACCUCAUCAAUACUUAUAAGCCAACCUUAAUGACAGUAAACCCACCGUUUUUGAACACCCUCUUAAGAUCGGAGGGAGGCCUACAAUGUGACCUUAGCUGUUUCGAGACGAUCUAUCUAGGAGGAAGCGCUGUCACAGCCGAUGUCAUACAAGAGGUUAAGAAUAUAGCACCCAACACAGAGGUACUGAACAGAUAUGGAAUGACCGAGGCAACAACAAUGGUGUUUAUAAAUGAGGGUCUCAACCCCGGCUCUGCCACCAUUGGGAAGCCCACGGGGUUAUUUCAGCACAGGUUGAUAGACACCGAGACCCAAGAGGACAUUUACGAACCAAAUAAAAACGGGGAGUUAUGGAUCAAAGGUCCUAGUAUAGUAAAGGGCUACUACAGAAACCCUGAGGCGACAGCAGAGGCGUUCACAGAAGAUCGUUGGUUCAAGACGGGUGACAUGUGCUACAGGGAUGAAAACUAUAACUUUUUCUUUGUGGAACGUAUUAAACUGUUGCUUAAGUAUAUGUGUCAUCAGAUUUCCCCGGUAGAGCUAGAGGCCUUAAUCCGCAAACAUCCUGGAGUGCAAGACGUGGCUGUGACCGGUAUACCGGACCCGAAGUGUGGAGAGUUACCGGUCGCUUGUGUGGUGCGGCGGCCUGGUGGACGCGUUACUGCUGACGAGAUCAAACAGCUGGUCAAAGAAAAUCUAGCAGACACAAAACAGUUAAGAGGAGGCGUAAUAUUUUUGGACACAAUCCCACAAACACCAACAGCGAAGGUCCAACGGAAAAAGCUCAAAGAAAUAGCAAUGCUUAAAUGUCAUGCCAAUCUAAACUAA